AUGGCGGCUUGGGGAGAGGUUCCGGGAAAGGUACAGGUCAUGCCCAGCCAACAUCUAGGCCUCGAGAACCGGAGUGUGUCGUACCCUUUCUUCUGCCUCCUCCUUGCCAGCACGCCCCUCGGAAACCCCUCACCCAGUACCCCGGAGAGCAGUCACCCCGUCCCCGACUCAGCCCCACGCACGCGCUCACAGUACCGCCCGGCCGGGGUCCCGAGACCAGACCCAGGUAUCGUCGUGCGGAGGCCCCGGCCUCCCGUCCUGCGCGCUGCGCCGUGCCCGGCCCGCGCCGGGGAAGGGACCCUACCUGGCCAGCCACUCCCCGCCGCGGCCCGCCCGCCCGUUCGGCCUGAUUCACGCGCCCGCCCCCGCCCCGCCCGCCCGCGCUCUGCCUCCUGCCUGCCCGGGCAGCACCUGGGCGGGGCGGCCCCACCCCGACGCGCCCGCAUUCCUGCGCCCUCCGCGGCCGGGACCCCGGCUGCGACCCCCGGGGGCCCCAGUCUGGCCCCGCUGGCGCCCCCCCCCCCGAGCCCACACCCCUCAACCCCAACCCCAACCCCCGAGCGCUCCGGUGAUGCCCCAGAACUGCGCCCCGGACUCUGGCCAGCUCCACUGAGUACAGGCAAAGCUGCUUCUCUCGGGACCCCGAAACCCCUUGCACCCAUUUACGAGCCGAUAGCUCGAAGCCCCUGCGGCCGACCCCUGACCCUCGCCCCGGAAGUUGGGGUGACUCGGAAGUUCCGGCUUAGUCGCUAG